UGAAUACUUCCCUUCCGGGUUAUGACAUGUAUUUAUUGAUUCGCUUGCUUACAGUAGAGAGGAAGUCAGAGAGGAAGAAGACUAGAAAACGGCAGUGAAGUACAAGGCCUUAGAGAGCGCGUACCCUCCAGGAGUCAUGUCACGCCGACCAAGACCGGUCCUCAAGGUGGCCGUUGAGGAGGUAAGCUUGCAAGGGCUGUGUGGGGAGCGGGGAUCCGAGGGUGUUCAUUGUGCCUCUAAUGAGGGAAUUCAACAUAACAUGAUCUGCGUCUCCUUCCAUCUUACUCUCGUCUCCCUUCUGCGCGUCCCGUCCAGUGGGUGCCUUGGACGAAGGUGCUGACGGAAGCCGACGGGUCGCUGAGGAUCGAGGGACCGAUGGCCAACCUUCUUGAUAUUCUUUCCAGUGUCCUUGACUUCGAGUGAGUGCAUGGCGUUAUGGUGCAUAAAUAUUGAUCAGUAAGACAUGCUCAUAUUAAUGACACACACAGGUACACAAAGAUAUAAAGACUACAGACCAAGACAAGAGGUCAGUUGGUCUGCACAUGGAAGCCUUUGAAAAGCCAUUAUUCAACACUUGCCCUCCCCCUCCGUAAACGUGUCUAACUCCAUUUCAUAGUGAUGAUUAUAUUAGCAUUAAACGCAAAUAUGCAUGCCGCCCUUUAGGAGAAGAGUUAGGUUGGAAGUAACUGGGGUGAUCUUCACAGACAUGUUUUGUACCAACAGCUACGAGUUGCUGCGGCCCGAGGACCGGGUGUGGGGCGGCCCUAACGCGACCGGCUACUGGAACGGCCUGCUGGGACUCCUGCAGCGGCAGGAGGUAGAGCUCGCGGUGGGGCCCUUUGGGGUGACGAAUCAGAGGGAAACUGUGUGUGACUUCUCGGAUGCUUUCUACAGCGAGAACAACGCUAUCCUGAUGGUAAGACCGACGCUGCAGCACGAUAUGGCCGGCUUUGCUAAGCCCUUCACAAAGGAGGUGUGGCUGCUGACGCUGUUGAGCCUGGUGACGGUGGUGCUGGUACUGGCGUGGGUGGCAUCGACGGAGGCGCGCCUCUACGGCACCGAGAGUCGUGACACCCUGGGGAAGGCCGCCUUUUGGAGUUUCAGUGCCUUCACGCAGGAGGGCGACGCGUGGCUGCCGCGGCACAAUGCAGGUCGUGUGUUGGUCACCACGUGGCUGCUGGCGUCCCUGGUGUUCAUGUCCUGCUACGGCGGCAUCCUCACCGCCAUGCUCACCGUGCCUCGGGUCACCAUCCCCAUCGACUCCCUCGCUGACCUGGUGACCCAGGACGACCUCCCCUGGAGGCUAGAAGCGGGAUCCAUGAUGUUUCAGUAUUUCCAGGAGGCGAAAGACGGGGUGAAAAGGGACGUUUUCAUCGGCUCCUCGGGGACCUUCCAGGACUGCUGGGCGGCGCGACAGGAUAUCGCCAGCGGGCAGUACGCGGCCAUCUGUGACAGGACCACCAUGAAGAAGGCCAUGUCCUGGGACUUCAGCACCAGCAGCAAGUGUCACCUCUACAUCUCCCGUGAAAACGUCUACAGUAACAUCCUCAUCGCCAUGGCCUUUCGGAUCAACUCAACCUAUCGUGAAAUGGCAAAUAAUGUUAUCCACGCAGUGAAGGAGGCGGGCAUCCUGGACCGCUGGCUGGGCGACCAAAUCACCAACACCAGCCAGUGCCUUCGUCCGCCCUCCGCAGACCGCAGUGAAGGCCUCUCCCCGCUCAACAUCGACGACAUGGCCGGUUGCUUCCUCGUGCUGGCGGGAGGUGAGGCGCGGGAAGCAAUAUAAGCACUGUUGUGCUACAUACUAACCACUUGGAUUCUGUUAACGAAGGUGACGAGAGGUGAGGUAAUGAAUACCUGACAAAACCUGCUUCUCCCAAUAGGCUUGGCCGCCGCCACGGCCGUUUUCCUGCUGGAAGCGGUGGCGUCGUGGUUCUGACAAGCGGGCGACGUCAGGCCGACAACUUCCCCUGUGAGAAGGCACAUAUUUUUAUCGGCGUCGCAGACGCCGAUCAACAGAUUGUCCGUCUUAUUGUUGUUCUCUUCAAGUUGUUUUCCUGCCUUACCCAUGCACUGUAGACAUGACAUUGUAUAAUAACAUUUGUCAGCCCUGAUGAACCCUACAACGUGGCAUUAUA